GCGCGGUAACCUGGGUCCGAGUUCUUUUUUUCCACGCGUUCUGAAAUUUCAAGAUGGCGGAAACAGACGUUCUAGAAGUCGAAGUUGACGAUCGCGCUGAUUUUACUGAAGAUACAGGUGAAGGUACGUUGUAUGAUAGGCAGAUUGAUGGAAUUUUAGUUCAGUGUUAAAGAUAGCUAUUGACCUAGUGCAGAUCGUACGUAUGUGCAUGUGUAUGCCUGUGUGAAGUACAUAAAUGUAAGAACAGUUUGUUGCCCAGAUUCCGGACAGGAUUUAUAGUAAUGAAUAAUAUUACUGAAGUUUUCUCUGAAGAAUAGUAAUAAAAAAAAAAAUCGUUUAGAUGAUUGCCUGAUAUCUCAUACAACCCCUUGACCUGAUAUCUCAUAAAACCCCUUGACAGGUAAAAUCUGAUGUUCGACACAGUGGUGUUGUGCGAUGCACCACUGUCUAACUCCAGACGAUUUUACUCGUCAAAGUGCACUCAUUGGGUUAAUAAAUUGUGUAAUGAUGCCCAUAUAGUAGAAAAUAAUAAUGAACGGCACAUAAGGUUGCGUUUCAAACAGCUAAAUGGGCAAAUUUUCAAAUUUGUAGACGGUCUGAAGAACCUAAAGAAAGGUGUUACAAAGAGGAAGGGAAGAGGUUUCAAAGGUUCGUUAUCACUUUCAUUAGAUGAUUAUUUUUCCAAGUUACAGUAACAUAAUAUUUGAAGAUAAUUAUUGUACUUUUCAGAUGAUCAGAACCCUUCAUUAAAUGAACCUUAUGAUUCUGUUGAAGCUGACGACAACAGUGAGAUAGGACCUCAGAGAUGUAUGUAUCAUAAGUAAAGGAGAAUAUUUUUUCCACCCCUGACUGUUAAAAGUUUUGAUCCAUCCAGUAACACUGUGCUUUGUUUUGUAGCUGUAGAAGGAUGGAUUUUGUUUGUAACCAAUGUCCACGAAGAAGCUCAAGAGGACGACAUUUAUGACUUGUUUGCCGAGCACGGAGAGAUUAAAAAUCUUCAGGCCAAUCUUGAUAGACGUACUGGAUUUAUGAAGGUGCUGUUUCUUCAUUUACUGUUGUAUGUGACCUGAUUUUCCAUCAAUUGGCAUUGUGCCCUAUUACUUUAUUUUUCACAAUAGUACAAUACGGUCUAACCCCAGACAAUUUUCCUCAUCAAGGCUGGUGCUCAAUGGGUUAAUCUGACUGUCUGCCAAUGUGUCUAGUUAACCCAUUAAGUUCCAUUGUGUCCUGAAGGUUCCUGUAAAUCCAUUACUAUGAGCAUGACAAAGACAUUGAUUGUUCAUCAAGAUGGUACACAUACAAAUUAUCAGUCAAAGUUGAAACUAUCUUUUAUUUUCCCAAGUUUGUAAAGACUGAUCAUCCAUUUCUGGUAUAAAUCAAGGCAAUAUUUUGAAUAACACCAAUCCAUAUACAUUUAGGGAUACGCUCUAGUGGAAUACGAAACAUUCAAAGAAGCGCAAGCAGCAAGGGACGCACUCAAUGACGCCGAGAUGCUAGAACAAAAGAUCUCGGUUGAUUGGGCAUUUGUUCGUGCGUCCUCAAAAAAAUCGAGGUAUGUUGUUUGGUAAAAUUUUUUAACUUUUAAAUUGAAUUUGCACUAAUCCUAGUUAUUAAUAAACUAUUGAAUAUUUCUUUUACAACUUACAAAACAGAAAGUGGUCAAAAUGUUUGUACUAUUAGGGGGCAAAAAAAUAACCUAUAUCCUUCCAUCAUUUAUUUGCCACCAAAUAUAAGGUUUUUAAAUUUUCUAAUUACAGGUCAGGUCGUCGGAGAUAGAAAUGACAUUGUGUCUGUCAUAUCGAGCAGAAACCUAUCACUAUGAACAAUUGCGACUGCAUAAUUGCAGUUUAUAUACAAACUUUGAAAGAGCACACUGGUAUAUUUUAACUUAAUUUAAAUACGAGUUAUCAGUUAAACUCUUCAAAACAUAUGCCUGAUUGAGACAGAGCAAGCAUUAGUUACAAUAGUGAAUAUUGAAAAAAGACAACAGGACAUUGGAAUAGCUUUGUUUUCAUAUUCAGUCAGGCAUAUGAUUUGAGUGUCUAGUGAGUAUUGAAGCUGUUCAAAGUUAACUACUGUAAUUUAUGUAUCAUAUUUUGAUCCUUUUUAAUUUCUUGCAAAAUACAAUGUGCUACAAAUCGUCUAGUUGUUGUUUUCAGUAGUAGAGGUUACAAAGUUACUUUUAUUUUUAUAUGUAUAUUUAUACUAGCUAAUUACUGUCAUUACCUAGUAUACAGCGAUGUCUAUAAAUCCCUAUGGACAAUUCAUACUUGGCAUUUACUUGACAUAGUGAACACCAGGCAAUAUGCAUAGCAUUUCAAAUAAGAGAUUGGCACCGAUCAGCGCAGUUGUUCCAAACGGAUCAUAUGGUGGUGACACCUACAUAAACACA